AUUCUAUUCGCUCGGCCGCAAGCGAGGCGAGAUGCCCAUGGCGGGGGGCCAAGGAGCGCAGAAACUCAGCCACGAUGCGCUGCAGACAGCAGCAGCAUCUGCAUCGCUGCAGGGCCGCAGCACGCACUGCGGCUGCAGACGAGAGCGCAAGCAAAGCACAGGCGGGACGAAGGCGUGAGGGGCGCCGGCGCCGCUUCGCUGGGCUGCGGCUGGCGGAGGGUGCAGGGCCACACAGCGGACGAGACGCUCACGCCUCCGCAGCAUGCAGGGACAGGACAAGUCUCGCGAAAUGUGCCGGCACGGCCGGGCAGCUCUGCUGGGCUGCAGCAUGCCUCAUGGCGCUACGCUUGUGUGAGAUGGCGUUGGUGCCGCAGCACGGCGGCGCCUGAGCGUUGCGUCGGUGCAGGCCAGGCAUCUGCAGCGCAGCAGGCGUCCGGAAAAACAAGCUCC